AUGAGGAUAUUCGGUGUCCGGGUGCCGCCCUGCCCGCAGGUGCCACCGCCCCGGGGGCGGGCACGGCGUGUCCGAGCCGCCCGCUCCGCCCCGGCCCCUCCUCCGCCUCCGCCCGCACGGCCAGGGGAGAACGUCCCGCUGUCCUGCUGCUCCGUGUCCCGCUGUCCCGCUGCUCCCGUGUCCCGUGUCCCGGUGUCCCGUGUCCCGGCACGGAGGGUCAUCCCCUCGGUCGUGGUUUUCCUGGAGGAAACUCAUCUCAGGGGUGGACUGAGCCUCAUCCCUUCACUUUUUGUCUUUUAUUUGUCUUUUAUGGCACUGGAAUAUGGCAGGAAGGAGGGAAUUUCAAUUUCUGCAGUGUCUCGUCACUCAGGAAGAAUUCGUCUGCCUAAUCCUUCUGAUCCUGGGCCGCAGCCAGAAGGAACCUGGGCCAUCCUAUGGAAAACAGCGUUGGAAGCACACAGGCAGCAGAGGCCUGAGGGGUGGGGGUUUCCCUGAGCAGUGAUGCCCACGAUGGGGGCGUUGGGGCGCGCGCUGGCCCGAGCCGUUCUCCCGUUCCUCGUCCUCUCGGGAAGUUGGGUUUCAGCUGAGAACAUCAACUUCUACAACAUCAGGCCUCCACUAGACCCCACUCCAUUCCCAAACAGCUUCAAGUGCUUUACCUGUGACAACGCAGUGGACAACUACAACUGCAACCGAUGGGCUGAGGACAGGUGGUGUCCCGAAAGCACUCGCUACUGCCUGACCGCUCACCUCUUCACGGCGCGCGGGGAGAGCACCUCGGUCACCAAGAGAUGCGCCACGGGCGAGGAGUGUCACCUGGUGGGCUGCCACCGCCGCGGGGACAGCGGCCACACGGAGUGUGUUUCCUGCUGUGAAGGCAUGAUCUGCAACGUGGAGAUCCCCACCAACGCCACCAACGCGGUGUUCGCCGUGCUGCAGGCGCGCAGGGCGGCCGCGGGCAGCCGCGCGCUGCCCAGCCUGGUGGCACUGGUGGCACCGGUGGCACUGGUGGCGCUGGUGACAAUGGCACUGUCCUGACACGGCACCCCCAGACCGAGCUGCUGGGACAGUCCCCGGGCCAGGAACCUCCAGGAUCUCCCAAGAAGUCGCUGACGUUCCCUCAUCCCAGCAAAUUUAAGGAAAGGCGCGUCCU